GGAAGGUAGAGAGAAUCUAGAAAAUGUGAAAAACAAAUGUCCCAUAUCUUUCACAUCCUCAAAAACCCAUAAUAUAAAAAAGAAAAUUUGAGGGGGAAAUUUAAUAAAAAAGAAAAAAAAAAGAAGAAAAGUGAAACAGAAGAAAUCAUUGAACCAAAGCUAUAGGUGAAGCAAAGCGUAUUAGAAUAAUAGGAGACCACAAGUUGACAAAUUUGAAGUCAUUGUUUCUUUGAGAGGAGACUUUGUGUUUAGAGGAAAGAUCUCUCUCUCUCCCUCUGGGAUUGUGGGGGAUCUCUCUAUCCUCACAUAUCAGAUACUGGCCCAGCAGAUCUGAGUUAUUUUCUCUCUAUAUGUUGUUUUGUCUGGGGAUGAUUCAAAAUUCUUCAAGAGCUGUGCAGAGUCACCCAACCUUUUUUCUGGGUUGUUGGGGUCUUUGUGAAUUUGUUUUUUGUUGGGCUGGCACUAGCAAUUUUCAUGGAGCUAGCCGAGUUUCUUGAGAACUCAUAGGGGAGGUUUUAUAUAUGGUGGUGGUGGUAGUAGUGGUGGAGGAUGCUGUAAGUUUACAUCUUGACGCUACAAGCAUAUAUAAAUUAGUAAUUGAAUGAAAAAACACACGGAGAGUGUAGCAUUGAAAUGAAUUGUAAGCUGCCUUUUGGAAGGAUGAAUUGCUUCUGAAAAGAAAUCUGUUGAUCUCUCUCAGUUGGUUCGACUUCAACUUCAUUUGCAGGAAUGGGUACUAAAAUGCAGCCUAAGAUGUAUCUAUCAGGAUAUUAUCCCAUGAGGGAUUUAAACGACGGUACUGGCAAUGUUACCUGGCCUUCUCAUCAUGAAAACAAAACCUUUGGGCAGUACUAUGACAUAUUCACAGCAAGGCCGGCAAUAGAUGGAUACUUGGGAUAUGAUAAGGAACAGUUGAGGCAAACUAUAUUGAAGCAUGAAACCAUAUUCAGGAAGCAGCUCCAUGAACUGCACCGUCUUUAUAAAAUACAAAUGGAGAUGAUGAAUGAAGUGAGAAGUGAGCAACCACAGAAACACCUCAAACCCAUGGGGACAUCGCAAUCGAGUUUUUUGGCCUUUCCAUCUCUAGAUGACAAAAACAGGUGGCAGGAUUCUAGUUUGCCUCUGGUGGAUUUUAGUCAUCAUAUACCAUCUGCAUCAGGUGCUGAUAGUAUCCAAUCAUACUUCAGUUCCAUGAAUGUGAAGAUCUUGCAAUCUGGUUGUGGUUCUACCCAAAAUGGUUCGAGGUCUAAGGAGUAUGAAUCUCUUGAAUUUAAACGCAAGAAUCUCCAGAGAAGAUUGUUUGACCUUGAACUUCCAGCUGAUGAAUACAUGAAUGAUGAAGAGGAAGAACAAGGGGCGUCUGGAGGGUCAGGGGUGGAAAGUUGUCCUGCUAAUAGGAAUUGUGAUAUUGCUUGUGAGAAAAAUGGCAACUUGUCUACUCACAGUGGAGCUUACUCUAUUUGCAAUGGAGAUGCUUCCAGUUCCAAUAUGAAUUUAAAGCGGAACUUGGGUUUCACUGAUCUGAAUGAACCUGUCCAGAUUGAGGAAGCAUCUGGUACAGCUUCUGUUGAUAUUCUAGACAAUUUUAUCUCCUUUAGAGAAGGGAUACAAAGGAUAGAUCUUUCUGCAAGUUCUUGUUCAGGUUUUUUGGCUAAGGAAACUUCCCAAAGCCCACCUAAAGAAAAGUAUGAGGGAGUUAACUUACGUAAUCAGCAUUUAGAGGAUGAAAAGAGACAAAAGGAAUGGUCGCCUUUCACUUUUAACCCUGGCCAAACUACAAGCAAAAAAAGUCCUCAGAAUGAAGGUUUUAAGUGUGAUUAUUUGCCUGCAAUAUGUGAAUCAUCACAAGUUGGAUGCCAGAAAGCCCAAGAGCCGGAUCAGAACAGGAGGGAGAAACCAACAAGGAAGACAAUUUUUGGUGCGGAAAUCUCUGAAGCCAAUCAUGAUGCAUCUGUUGUAGCUUCAGAUACUCUACAGCCACUCGUUCCUCAAUCAAGUGUUGCUAAUUCUGAGUCAUCCUCCAUUUCAUCUUGGAAGAAACAUCCAGCUAGCUGGACACAGAAUCUGACAUCUGUUCCAGGAAAUUCUUGCUAUGGUGCUUUUCCUAAACCAGAUAAUGGUUCAACCACAUUGAUGCAUGGCCAUGAAGUUACAGGGAAUGGUUCACUUGUUAAUAACAAUGUAAAAUUGGUUUCAAGUUUGAAAGCUGAACCAUCCUACCAAAAUAGCUCAUGCCUUUUUUCUCAGUUGGAUUCCAAGGAAUCUCAGGUGUGCCAUGGAUCAGUAGGCUUUGGCUACCCGAAUGGCUUCGGUGAUAGUAAUUCUGCUUCUGAACAAAUUCCCCAACAUGGUCCUACACAUAACUUUGGUGGCUCGGGCUGGAUGGGGAAUUCAAAGUCUUCAGAGGUAGCAAAUGCAGUUCUUCCAAAAAGUUGCCAGAAUGAAGCAAUUUUUUCUGAUUCAAAACUAAUAUUUGUUGAUGGUACAAAGAAGGAAGAAAAUCCAAAAGGAGGGUUUUCUUGGCUUAGAGAUAUUUCAUUUUGUAAUGGAAAAAAUUCCAAAGAAAGGAAUGGUUCUCAUCAGGUAAAUUCUCAGCAUUUUGCCAUCAAAGCUGAAACAAUGAAGAACCCCUCUCAAAGCUUGAUUCAGGAUUCGUCACUGAUGACAGAUUCCAAUGUCCAUGUUGCUGAGGACAGAAGAACUGAAGUUGGUGACUGUCCAAGCAGUGGUAAAAUUCUUGGAAUUCCUAUUUUUGAAAAGCAAAUGUCCAAGGACUUGCCAUCUGUAAGCUCUUUCUCGGAGCGAGGUUGUGCUUUGGAAAUUAAAGGUGCUUAUUCUAUUAAAGCUGGGUCACUUCUUGCUGAUCUAAAUCAUGAUCCUAUGCCAUCUGAAUCUGGAGAGACACAAAACUCAAAGAGUCUGGUUGCAGAAGAGGGAUCAGUUGAUUGUAGUGAUAAUUUAAGAAAUCACAUUGAUUUGAAUGUGAGUGUGACUGAAGAAGAGGCUCAACCAACACCUUUCUCUCCACAAACUAAGGUGAAGGUUGCACUUGAGAUAGAUUUGGAGGCACCAAUAGUUCUGGACAGUGAAAUAGAUAUUACUUCUGGAGGUGAAUUUGUAGAGAGCAAACUUAAAGAACCAUUUGACUCAAUAAAUGAUGAAUCAAGGGACUUUAAUGAAGGCUUUCUGAAGGAUGCAGCUGAGGUCCUAAUUGCCAUCUCAUCAUCAUGUGCGCAUGAUAUUCAAGAUGAUACCAGUCAUCACCAAGUGGAAGCUUCAGUGAGUGAAUCCCUUAAAUGGUUUGCAGAGAUAAUUACUUCUUACAAGGUUGAGGUUGAGAAUAAUGUAUCAGUUUUAGCUGGUACAGAUAGUACAGAUCGUGGAGAUUCCUUGCCAAAUGGUGUCGAUUAUUUUGAGUAUAUGACGCUAAAUUUGACAGAAGCCAAGUUAGAAGAGUAUCACUGUGAGCCUCAGACUAUAGAGAACUCAAAGGAUGAAGUCAUACUGCUAAGACGACCUCGGAGAGGUCAGGCAAGAAGAGGAAGGCAGCGGAAGGACUUUCAAAGGGAUGUACUUCCUGGUCUUGCCUCUCUGUCCAGGAAUGAUGUGGCUGAGGAUCUUCAGACCAUCGAAGGGCUUAUUAAGGCAACGGGUGGCAUUUGGCAAUCAAGUUUCUCACAGAGGAACUCUCCUAGGGGCAAAGGAGGGAGGGGGAGAAAGCGUUUAGGGGCUAAUGCUACCUCCCCUGCAGUAACUGCAGUUUGCCCACCUCAGACCCUGCAACCUAAAUGCGGGGAGCUGGUACUUGAGGAGACUAGACUAACAGGAUGGGGAAAGAGGACAAGGCGUCCGCCAAGACAGAGAUGUCCGAUUAAUCAUCCUCCUUUUCCAUUACAAUAAAGAGAGAGAGUUCAAAUGAUGUUGAAGGUUUUCCACAUUGUACAGGAAGACCCUUCAAUUUUUCAGGCCUGUUGAGAGCGUUCAAAUGGCUUCGCCUGUCAAAUUUUUCAGGCCAGGAAGAUCCACAUUGUACAUGCUUUCUUUCUUGAUUUUCAAUUCGGUAUCCUUCAAUUUUCAGCAUUCAGGGUGUGCUUGCUUCUCUAGUUGCAAAAUAAGUUAUAUUGAUCCUUAUUGACAUAAAACUGAUUUUUUUUUUCUUCAAUAAUAUUUAAUUCCAGCUUAGUGUGUGAUAUAGAUUAAAAGACAUGGUUUGGAAGUUGGGGAACCUCACAUUCCCUGAAUUCAAGAGUUAAUGUGUAUGUUAUUUUUCCUGCUUGA